AUGGACUCCAGCUCCGACGAGGCCGUUGACUGCGGAGGCAAGGAACGACUCUAUCACAACAGCGAUGACAGCGCAACAACACUCACCGAGGUGCGAAACGAUUCGCCUGAGCUGCUCAAGACCGUGGACGACACAGGACCGACGUCUCAUACCUUUACGACCUCGGCCUUCUUGAAUGUGGCAGCUGAGGACCGUCUCAGCCUCAUAUUGUUAGCUUGGGCACUACUACUGUACCGACGCGCUCUCAUUGAGGAAGAAUCCACCUUGUCGUGGAGAUGGACAAACCUGUCCGAGAAAGGCUCCGAAACCUCACUGUCAACUAUCACAACAGCGAGCGAGUGCCCAAUAUCGGACCUCUUGGAAGCUAUUCGACAAUCUCAGAACACGGUAACAGCAACCGAGAGAGGACUCGGAGAUGGCGUGACCCUGUCGUGCAAAGCUGCCGCAAACACCCAGGACUGUGUGGGGCUGAGCUUGGACGUCUUGAUAAACGACGAUGCGGUCAACAUCAGCGUCUCGGACAGAAGCGACAGCAUCACCACAGAAAUGGCCAUGAUCCAGGUCCACGCCUUUGCAGAUAUCCUCGAGUCAAUUGCAACCAACUCCAAUCAAACUGCUGCGGCAGCCAUUAGUGUCAAGGAACGCGAACUCUCACAAGUCUGGCAAUGGGGAAGCACGGUUCCACCCUUACUCGAUCGUGGCAUGCACGAGUACUUCGUCGAGAACGCUCAGCUGCAUCCAGAGAAGUCGGCCAUUGUGUCGUGGGAUGGAGCGCUAUCUUAUGGCGAAUUAGAUGUCCUAUCGACCAAUCUCGCCGUGCACCUGUCUCUCAAAGGUGUAGGGCUCGGAGCAGCCAUCCCUUUCUGCUUCGAGAAGUCAGCGUGGACGGUCGUUGCCGUGCUCGCAGUCAUGAAAGCGGGUGCCACGUUUGUCUUGACUGAUCCCACGCAACCGGAGGUUCGCCUGCAGACAAUCGCUGAAGAGAUUGGUGCUCGGUUGAUAUUGACUUCGAUCAAGCACGCAGAGCUCGGAGCAAGGAUAGCACCUUCAGCAGAGGUGGUCGCUGUCGGACCGGAGAUGCUCAGGUCUCUCCCUACCAAAUCCCUUUCAGCCCUUGCGCCAGUUCCAGGGAGUGCGACCAUGUAUAUCAUCUUCACGUCAGGGAGCACUGGAAAGCCCAAGGGCGUGAUGCUCUCGCACGAAAAUUACACAAGUGGAGCCAUACCCCGGGCGGCUGCUGUGGGAUACAGAAGCCACACCCGUGUACUGGAUUUCGCCUCGUACGCUUUCGAUGUAAGUAUUGACUGCAUGCUGUGCACGCUAGCCACCGGAGGUUGCAUUUGUGUCCCUUCGAACGAGCAGCGUAUGAACGACCUCAGUGGGACUAUCAGGGAGAUGGGCGUCAACAUGGUACAUACCACGCCGUCAGUGGCAAGAGUGCUUGACGCUGACAUCAUUCCGUCACUGGAGGUGCUCGGCCUUGGUGGCGAAGCACUAUCAGCACGCGAUGCUGACAGAUGGAAUCAACAAACGCACGUCAUCAAUGCGUAUGGCCCAUCUGAAUGCACCGUAGGAUGCGCCAUUAACAACAAUAUCGCACCAGGUCGGUCAUAUGUCAGCUUAGGCCGAGGUGUUGGCGCCAUCCUCUGGAUUGUUGAUCCUGAGAACCACAAUGAGCUAGUUCCUAUCGGCGCAGAAGGCGAACUCGUGGUUGAGGGCCCGAUCGUGGGCCUCGGAUAUAUCAACGAGCCGGAGAAGACAGCCUCUGUGUAUAUUGAGGCACCUUCCUGGCUAAGAAGAGGUACACAAGUGCAUGCUGGACGUAGCUCACGACUGUACAAGACUGGCGACCUUGUGAAGUACGAUCCCGACGGUAGCGGCUGCGUCGUCUUCGUCGGUAGGAAAGACCAGCAGGUGAAGGUACGAGGUCAGCGAGUGGAGCUCGGGGAAGUCGAACACCACCUAAGAAGUAAGCUUCCACCGAAGACGGCAGUUGCAGCAGAAGUCAUUAAGCCUGGUGGAGGUGGAGGCGACCCAACGCUCGUGGCCUUCAUCGCUGAGCAUGAUGCGUCCGAGCAGUCUACGCAAGAGCAGCCUGCACAGUUCUCGCCAGAUAUGAAGAAUCUCUUGGGAGGCAUGGACGCGACUCUUGCUGCCGAUGCCCCUGUAUACAUGAUUCCCUCGGCAUACAUUCCGCUGAAUGAGAUGCCAAUAAUGGUUUCGGGCAAAACCGACCGUAAGCAAUUGCGAGCGUUGGGGUCCGCCAUGUCCCGACAGCAGCUGACGAAAUGGAGAGUUUCGUCACGCAACAGGCGCUACCCUGAGACAGAAACACAGAAGCGGCUGGCACAACUAUGGCGUACACUGCUCCAUGAUGAGGAGGACCCCAGUCUGGACGACAACUUCUUCACUCUGGGAGGGGAUUCCAUCAAGGCGAUGAAGCUCGUCACAGCAGCUCGAGCCGCAGGCCUGUCACUGACUGUGGCCAGCGUCUUCGCCAACCCAACACUUGCAGAGAUGGCUUCGCAAAUCGGACAGGCUGUUUCGGUGGUCGAAGAGAUAGCGCCGUUCGCCUUGCUAGGAUCCGCAUGGACAGCUCAGGAAGCUUGCAAGGAAUGCGCACAGCUCUGCAACAUCUCUGAAGACGCUAUCGAGGAUAUCCUACCUUGCACGCCGCUGCAAGAGAUUCUCAUGGCCGUUUCUGCAAAAGUCACCGAGGCCUAUGUCGCACAGAGAGUGCUCAAACUGGACAGUCUGGCAGCGGCAGCCAAGUUCAGGGCUGCUAUGGAGAAGACUGUGGCAGAGUGUCCCAUUUUCCGCACUCGGAUUGUUCACUUGCCAAAUCAUGGGCUCGUACAAGUUGUCUCGUCAGAUCAGGUCCAAAUUAACGACGAUCAAAACCUGAAAGAGUACGUCCAGAGGGACCAGCUACAAGCUAUGGAGCUAGGUUCUCCACUCGCCCGUUUUGCUUUUGUAAAUGAUAUGGAGAGUGGGAGUACUUACUUUGUGCUGACCAUGCACCACGCGCUUUACGAUGGCUGGUCUAUGCCACUCAUCGUGGACCGCAUGAACAGGGCGUAUCGUGGGCUGGACACUCAUCGGACCGCCGGCUUUCCGGCAUAUAUCAAGUACCUCCAGAGCAUGGACCGGGAAAGUUCGGAAAGAUAUUGGCGGGAACAUUUACGAGGGGCAAGCAAUCAGCAGUUCCCAACUAGAGCCAGCCCAGGGUAUCAGCCAAAGCCAGAUUCGUUGCGAGAGACGUACGUGCAACUUGGAGAUGCGACCGGAUGCACUAGCACGACCGUUGCAACUGCUAUACGCGCAGCAUGGGCAUUGGUGUCGUCAGAGUAUGCUGCAACGGACGAUGUGGUCUUCGGAGAGACCUUGACAGGGCGCAACGCCCCAAUACCCGGGGUUGAGGAGAUCGAGGGCCCAAUGAUCACCACAGUCCCUGUCCGCGUCAAGAUUGAUCGAAGGCUCGGUGCGGCCGAAUUUCUGCAAGAUGUUCACAGACAAGCGGUUGAGCGCAUUCCAUACGAGCAUUUCGGGCUGCAGAACAUCAGAAAGACCAGUUCAGAUGGCCGCAAAGUGUACUCAAACAUGUUUACGGGUCUGGUGUUGCACCCGUACGUCGAGGCUGCGGAGGACGCUGUGAGUGCCGAGGAGCCUGCCAAGGGCUUGGUUCCAGUCGGCGAUGCUGAGGCGGCUCGAGAGGCGCUCAAGUUCAACUCAUACGCCGUCAUGCUGGUCUGUACGCUUGAUCCGAAGGGUUUCUUGAUCAUGGCAAGCUUUGAUUCAAGCAUUCUCCCAGGCACUGAGAUGGACGACGCGCUGCUUCGGCUGAAAACCCUGGUACAGCAGUUUUGCCAGAAGACUGAAGCGGGAUUGUCUGAAUUAAGUACUCCAGUGAUGAACGAGGUACUGUCUGCCAGCAGGCCCGCGCAGCAAGACCGGAGCAACGAUAUCGCUGCACCACCAAGCGGAAAUACCGACAACCACAGGAUACGGCAGCUCUCAUCUGUCUGGAGUCGUCUUCUGGAGAUUGAUCAAGCGGACAUUGAACCAAGUGAUAGCUUCUUUGAUCUGGGGGGCGAUUCGAUUGCCGCUAUGAAACUUGUGUCGGAGAUGAGGCAAGCUGGUUUCGCUCUGAGUGUGGCCGACAUCUUCAAUACUAGGCGCUUGACCCAAAUGGCGUCAAUUCUCAAGGAUACAACGGCGCCAAAACAAACAUCGACCAGUAUCAGCCCGUUCGCGUUGCUCGAGACCGACGAUCCAAACCAAUUCGUUGAGGAGUCUAUCCGCCCACACCUGUCGAUGAAGGAUAAGGAGAUUGAGGACGUCUUGCCAACUCGACCGCUUCAAGAAGUCGCUGUGGAAGGCACAAUCUGCCUUCCACGAUUCUCGGCUCGUUACGAGCUCUUCUACUUCGAUGGGGCUGUCGACAAGCGGCGACUCUUUGACUGUUGCCAGAGACUUGUCGAUCAGACUGAAAUCCUUCGCACGAUUUUCGUAAAGGCAAACGAACGUUGUUGGGGGGUUGUGGUGAAGGACAUCAACAUAACUGUCACCGAAUAUGAUGUGGGUGGCGAUGUCGAUGCUUUCGCGAAACAGCUGUGCAAUCUUGAUGUCGAAACAAAAAUGCCUCUUGGCUCGCCAUUCUGCAAAUUCAUGUUCGUGCAGGGAGAGGGAGACCGCAGCUGCCUCAUCUUCCGCAUCUCGCACGCGCAAUACGAUGAGAUCUGUCUUCCAAUCAUGCUUCGACAGCUGUCUCAAAUGUACGAGGGGAAGCCUGUUGAAGAUGGUAAGCCGUUCUCAAGCUUCGUGAGACAUGUCGUACGCGAAAACAUCCCGCAGGGAAUCCCGUACUGGAAGAAACUUCUCCGAGAAAGUGAAUUGACGCGGCUCGCUCCUGCUCAACCAUUGUUAUCGAGGAGGCCAGUCGCAUUUCACAAAGCAGUCGACAUCUCCAAGCGGCCAAAAGACUUCACCCUGGCAACGUUCCCCACUGCAGCUUGGGCACUAUGCCUGGCAAAACGCCUUGGACUCAAAGACGUCACAUUCGGAGAGGUUGCCAGUGGACGAAAUACGGGCCUUGAUACUGCUGAUCGAAUCAUUGGUCCGUGUUGGCAAUACAUCCCAUUCCGAGUCAAGUUUGAGCCUGGAUGGGUUGCGCCUGAUCUCCUGCAUGCUGUUCAACAGCAGCACAUCGCCAGUGGGCAGUUUGAAGGCAUAGGACUACCCGAGAUCGUCAAGAAAUGUACUGACUGGCCAAAAACCACGGAUUGGUUCGAUUCAGUGGUCCAUCAGGAUGUAGCCCACGUCGAGCAGCUCUCGUUCGCUUCGGGCAGCAGUCGGAUGGAGACAGUGUAUCCUCAUCUCGAGCCUUUGCGGGAAUGGAAGGUACAAGCUUUCAAUCACGGGAAUGAGAUGGUUCUUGAGAUAGUCACCCGUGAGUCUUGGGAGGAAUACGGGAAGUCAUUGCUGGACGGUCUUGUGACCGCCUUUGAGCAGCUGGUGGGGUGCUCUCCGGAUCAACAGCUUCUGGACUGA